AUGCCGAAAUUUUUACUUCUAUUUCUUCACUAUCUACCGCUAUUUUCCAAAUGUCCCUUUCAUCUUAAAGCCAAAACUAAAGAUGUCUUGCUGGAAUUCUACUGGACUUUACCAUCUAGGGAUACUAAUCAUUAUUCUUUUGAAACUUGGCUUCAGCACCUGAGCACGAGUCGUCUGAACAAUACAAAAAAUGCAGAAAUCGAGGUACUGUUCUUUAAUCGUGCUGCCAAAGUCGGGAGUGAAGCGAUGCUGGAGCUUUUCAUUGCAUUGGAAAAGUACAAUGAUGAUCUUACACUCGAAAGGCAUGGUCUCCAUACAAAAUCCUUUCGUCAAAUGAACAAAAAGCAGAGACGUGAGUCCGCCGAGCUUGUCGCCGACCUGGAGGAUGGUACCAUGUAUAUAGAGCACAUAAAUUGGCUUGAUUUUGAUGAGUUCGACUUACCCAAACCUAUUUACAUCAACUUGGUUCGCGAUCCCGUUGAGAGGGUUAUUAGUUGGUUCUUCUACGCCCGAAGUUCCUACAAGAAUGCCAUCGAGUACCGGAAAAGGCCUGAUCAGAAAAUAAGACCCGAGUCUUGGUAUAAGAAGAACUUUAAUGAUUGCGUGAGGAGUGGAGAUCCCGAGUGUCAAUAUGUACCCCAUACGGUCAAGGACGCGUUUGCCAAUUUUAAAAGACAAUCAUUGUUUUUUUGCGGUCAUCACGAUGAUUGCAUGCCCUUUAACUCGCCGACUGCCGUGCAAAUGGCUAAGGAGCAUGUGGAAAGGGAUUACGCUGUUGUAGGCAGCUGGGAGGACACAAAUAUUACACUGACCGUCCUCGAGAAUUACAUUCCACGAUUCUUUCGCGGGGCCAAGCUCAUGUAUGAAAUGCACAAUAACAAGAUCACCAAUCGGAACAAGAACAAACGUAAACCGUUUAUAGAGCCUGAAGUUAAGGAUUUGAUACGUAAGAACUUUACUAACGAGUACGAGUUUUACCAUUUCUGCAAGCAACGUUUAUACAAACAGUAUUUGGCCCUCAAUUUGAAGGAGUUGGAGAAGCAUGGUCUUUUAAACUAGUUGGUUUAAAGUCAGACAUUUAGAUUGUAGUAGGUGAUAUAUAUGCGAACAAAUCUUCACAUUUUAAUAAAUAGUAUUCAGUAAAA